ACGUUCGCCACGUUCAGUCGGAGACCGUACAUCAUGCCGUGUGUUCGUUACGUCAGUUGUUGUGUCGUCGUACGAAUACCGCUCGAAAGUUUUACCGCCUCAACGCUAUAACAAUUUUACAGUGCUUACUAGACUAUAUUUUAUAUGCAUUAUUACUAUACUUUUAUUUAUAAAUAUUAUUUUCGCGGGUGUGGUGAAAAUUGUGAUCUAAUAGGAAUAUCACCCGCCAUAGAGACAUUGUCUAUCGUCGUUCCAGAAAUCAUGGUUUACCAGCAUUGACGAGAAAUCAAGAAAUAACGACAAAAAUGCCGCCUUCUAGAGAUUCGAUGGCGUACACCAAAGGCCUACUUAAUGGACCGGGACAAAAUAAUUGUUUUCUGAAUAGCGCUGUACAGGUGUUAUGGCACUUGGACAUAUUCAGACGAAGCUUCAGAGAAUUGUACGGGCACGCUUGCAUGGAAGAGUCAUGCAUUUUUUGCGCUCUAAAGGAACUAUUCACAGCGCUUGGCUCCAGCCAAGAAACGGCUUUGCCUCCAGAUGCACUGAGGAAAGCUCUUGCUCAAUCAUUUUACGAUCAGAGAAGAUUCCAAUUAGGAUUUAUGGACGAUGCUGCCGAAUGCUUUGAAAAUAUAUUAUUAAGAAUACACUACCAUAUAGCCAACGAAGAAGCCGAAGACAUGUGUAAUGCGAAACAUUGUAUAUCUCAUCAAAAGUUUGCUAUGACAUUAGUUGAACAAAGUGUAUGUGGUGCUUGUGGAGCUACCUCAGAGCCUUUACCUUUUACUCAGAUGGUGCAUUAUGUAUCCGCAUCUGCAUUGACUGCUCAAGUUAAACAAUUUCCUUCAACCGGCCAAGCUGAUCUAUUUGGUCAAUUAUUGAAGAAAGCCGGUGGAAUGGGAGAUAUUAGAGAUUGUCCAAGCGCUUGUGGUGCUAAAAUUCAAAUAAGAAGAACAUUAAUGAACAGACCGGAAAUAGUUUCAGUAGGCAUUGUUUGGGAUUCAGACAGACCUACGUUAGACCAUAUAAUGGCACUUUUAAGCACACUGCGAACUUCAUUACGACUAUGUGAUGUAUUCCAUGGAUCAUUUGACUUACCAAAUGGAAGUAUGCCCCUACAACAUCAAUUAGUUGGAGUUGUAACAUAUUACGGAAAACAUUAUUCUACAUUUUUUUAUCACACGAAACUAAAAAUUUGGAUAUAUUUUGAUGAUGCUAAUGUUCGAGAAAUUGGCCCUAGAUGGGAACAGGUAGUAGAGAAAUGUAAGCGAGGGAGAUACCAACCUCUUCUGCUAUUAUUUGCUUCUCCUGAAGGUGAACCCGUUAAUGCAACAACAGCACCAAAAUCUAUUACAAAGGCAACUAAGCUUUCAUUUUGUACCAACACUAUUCAAAGUUUGUCCCAGGGUCGUAGAUCUCUUACACCCAAUCCAGAAAAACCUUUAUCAAAUCAAGGUCAUCGGAGAGCUGUCACUCCAAAUCCAGAUCCAACAAUUGCAUUAGCAAAACCAGGUUUAAAUUCUUCGAUAAAUGAGUAUCAAAACCUGGCUCAUUAUCAAACAGUUAUAAUGGCUAAGGCUGCAGAAAUGUAUACAAAUGACGAUUUAAAUGAUCAACCGGGUUCACCUAGAUCCGUGGCAUCUAAAUGUGAAUUAGUUAGAAGAGAUUCGGGAAAUUGGAGUGGUGAUAGAAAUAGCGCUUCGUCGUCAUCAUCUACUUCAUUAGAAAAUCCUUAUCAAUAUUUUGUCGGAAAAAUUCAAAAUAGGACUGGAAAUGGUUUUAGCGGUGUUCCUCGAAGCCCCAAUAAACCAAAAGAUUAUACAAUGAACCAAUUUGAUUUAGGAUAUGACUCUUAUUCAUUGUCUUCUAAUGAUAGUUUGCCUUUACAACAGAAUCUCAAGCAUAACCUACAGCUUGCUCAAAUACCAGAAGGGCAUCAAACUUCUCAUACGUCAUUGAAAAAUGGAUCUAAAAAUUCUGCAGUCGAUGAAGUGGAAAGACUUUGUGCUGAAGCUGAUCAGUUAUUGGGAAAAUCUGAAGCCACUGAAGAUUUAGUUAUGGCAUUAUCUCUAUGUAAUUUAGCUGCUGGUAAAGCUAGGGCUGCUAUGGAUGCUCCAUAUAGUAAUCCCCAAGUUGCUAGCUUUGCAAGAAUGAAACAUAACACUUGUGUGAUGAGAGCUCGCAGUUUACACAAACGACUUGAAGAACCUCUUCACUCUACAAAUAAACAUGGUGAAGGAAGGCAUAGUCGAGAAGGAAGUAGUUGUAGCAAUAGAGGAUCUCAAGUAUCACAUAGCCGGCAGAACUCCAAAGAUAAAACAAUUCAGCAUUCAAGGCAAAAUAGCAAGGAAUUACUUGAUAUGUCACUUCAGUUAUCGUCUUUACAAAAUUCCCCUAUAGACAAAUCUGUAAAAAAUAUUGAGAUUUAUGCUACAUUGCCGAAGAAUAAAAAAGGAUUGUUAUCUCGUUCAUCAAACAAAACAAAACAAGUAAUUGAAGAUGAAGAAUACAUGAUGUAUGAAAGACCUAGCAGAAGCUUACAAACUAAAAGUAAAACUAAUAAAAAAGAUGGAGAAAAAAGGGCAAGGAGUGAAGAACGUGGUACUAAAAAUACUAAGGAAUUCUUGUCAAACUCUUUGACUAAGGAAACAAAAAAACCUAAAGUUGAAGAUAAUAAGCAAGGCAAAAAACAACAUAAAAUAAGGAGAAAACUGUUAAUGGGUGGCCUAAUAAAAAGGAAAAAUAGAAGUAUGCCUGAUUUACGCGAAGAUGAAUUACAAAUAAAAGAUCCACCUAAAGAAAAAAUCGUAUCCAAAGAUGACUCUAUGGUAGAUUCAAUAAGUAGUCAAAACAAUCUCAGUGGAUAUCUGUCUGAAGGUCAUCUUGAAAGUACAGGAAAUCCUAAUUUAUUACGAAGUAAACUAAUGAGAAAGAGUUUUUAUACUAAUAAAUUCCUUCAUUUUGCUAAAGUACCACCGCCACCACCAAUGCGUACAUCUUCUCAGUUGAGUAAAGCAGAAAGUAAUAAACAACAUAAUGAUUGGUGUUCUGAGCCUCAAUCCUUACCAUACAUUCAUCCUCGUAAGGAAGAUGUGACUUACGCUAACGGAGGUAUGUUACUUGACAAAGACAAUAAAAAUGUUAUGAUUACUCAAGCUCAAGUUCAUCAUAAUCCUGAACAAAAUGUUGUUGUAAAUAAUGUCGAUGAUCUUGGAUUUCCAUUACCACCUUACCCAAGUCCAUUAAAUUCUGUGUGUCAUUCGAGGCAACCUAGUGAAGAAUUUCCUCCACCUCCGCCCCCAGCGCAAGCUAUUGAUGAAGUCGAUGGAGCUUGUCUAGUUAUACCUAAGGAACAAAUUAAAUUGGAAGUAACUGAAGAAAACAAUUGGGUCAAAGAGUUACAAUCAAAGCAAGCCUCUUGGUGUGGUAAUGAUCAAGUUGGUCAAGAUUUAGAGUCCAAAUCAAUUGUAAAAGAUUUGAAAAAUAAAUUUGAACAAAAGAGCAUUAUUGAUAAUUUAAUAACUCAUGCAAUUAAUAACUUACCAGCUGACAGUAUUUGUGAAAUAGUUGAUGAAGAGGAAAAGAAAAUUGAAAAAGAACUUAAGGGAGCUUUAAGUAAAAGUACUUUUGAUAAUAGUGAAUCAAAAAGAAAAUUAGGAAAAAAGAAAAAUGUUACCUUUUGUGAACAAGUAGUUUUAGUUGCGACUGCGGAAGAAGAUGAAGUCGAUAGCUAUAUACCAAAUCCCAUUUUGGAAAGAGUUCUCAGAUCUGUUCUACAUAAAGAUGUUCCUAUUGAACAAAAUAGGGAAGUCACAAAAUCUGUAAUUCCGUUGAAACGAAAUGACUCUGGCCAAUUCAAUCGAAGCAAUUUAUCUUUAAAAUCUUGUUAUGAAAAUAACAACACUGAAGAAAAAUCUAAUGUUGAAGUCAAAGAUGAGUUACCACCAAAAACGUAUCGUAUGUCUCCUGUGCAACAAUCGCCUCAAACACAUGCAUCUGUAGCAAUACAACCCAAACUAAAAGCACCUCUUCCAGAACAAGUUCAAAAACCAGUGGAAUCUGUAAAAAAUUACCGCAUGUCACCAAUUCAACAGCCGACGAAUCUUAAUCAAUCUCCAUUGGUACAACAGAAAUUUAAGUCUCCUUCUACUUCACAAAUAGCAAAUGCAAUGUCAAGUUUAUCGAUAAACUCAAUGGACAGUAUUCAGUCAGUUCAAAAUCAAUCCUCGACCACACAUAGAUUUUAUUCCAACAAUCAACAAAAUAACGUUUAUCCCCAACAGUAUCAAAGUCUUUCGCAUUUGGGACAUCAAAAACCGUUUUUAAGCAAUGAACCACAUUCACUCAACUAUCAAUCAAUAAGUGAAAACAAAUUAAGUUGCUCACCUGUAAACAGUAGAUCAAAUCAGUCUUCUUUAGAGAGGAAUCAAACGAUCAGACAAGUUAACGGUGGUGUCACGUCGAAUUGUUAUCCACAACAAUCGCCUGUCGAAGGCAGGAGCGGUCAUUUUAGAUUCAAUGGUGACAGUCAAACACAACUUCGGCUCCAUGGAAAUCAAACAUCAAAUUCAGAAACAAAUACCCACCAGUAUCAAACCAAUCCAGGAUCUCCUAGAAUACCAUACGCUCAAAAUAAUGUUCGUUAUAAUGUUUCAAAUAUUGAACCAGCAAGUCAAUACCAAAAUAACAACGAAAACAGAUCAUAUAAUAACCACGGUCAAAUUCCCCAGUACCAAUGUCAAUCACUCGAAAGGUUGAACAGUAAUAACAACAAUAACGUCAAUCAUAUGACCGAUAACCGGACGUGUUAUCCCCGACAACCCAGUCCCGUUCAAGUACAACACAACAAUCUCAAUAUCAACAACAUUGGGAGACACCAAUCAAGUCCCACUACGGUUUGUAGCGACAACGGUAAUAGAACCGCUUACGGACAAACGCAACAGCAUCAAUUCGAUAGAUCGAAUUCUUCGGUCAACUGUGGGGAUAAGUCCGUGAUUAACCAACAUCAUCAUCAACAGCAACAACAACAACAGCAACAGUUGGUUGAUCGGCUUAACAUUGCUCCUCAGUAUAACGUAAAUAGUGAAAACAGCAAUAAAACUGGUUACUUGCAACAAGGAGUGUCCGCCAACCAAGCGCAGCAGUUGGAAAGGAUGGCCCAACAUUACGAGAACAAAACUGGCGGGUACAUUCAACAGGGCUUAACCACAACAAAUUUACCGCAGCAGCAGCAACAACAACAACAACAACAAUUCGGCACUGUAGCGGGGGACAACUAUAAUAAUAACAAUAAGCCUGGCAGCAAUCAAUCGCAGCUGCCAUCGGUACAACAGUGUUCAUCGAGUUACGCGCAUGCUGAAUCGAGGACGUCGAAUGGGUAUCCAGUGCCGCAGCCCGACAAUAGGCCCACGCAGGCCCUUCCGGCCGGAUACCCGCGGAACGCUUUGGACACGAAACCUGGCCAACACUCACCAGGCGUGUUGUUAAGGCAGCGUAGCAUGGUUAACGGUUUCCAUUCGAUGCCGUACACCCGACAGUCCACGGACACCGUGGCUCACUUGCCGCCAGCACACCCAAAGAAGGACUUCACGCAGCCAGCCAACGGUUUCGUGAGGUCGACUGCCGAGUCGGCACACGGCUCAUCGUCGUCGUUGGACCGGAACAAGCAGCUGCACCAACAGUAUGGUGGCCAGCCAGAUUGCCCGGCGUCGCCGUCUAAGGUUCGCCCGGUAAAUUCGUCGCCAUCGUCACCGUCGUCAUCGACAGCAGCGGCAGUGCAGAGGACCAACACGGUCCGUAGGCCAAUGACUGUUUACGAGCCACAACAACUUCCACCUUAUCAGCACCCGCCGGUUCCAGUGGCAUUCAAACAGCAACAGUUACAGCUGCAGCUACAAUUGCAGCAGCCCUGCAGGCCCAACGGCCAGCCCAGGUCCACAACACCAAACGGCAACGCGACUGCUGCUAACGAUCCAGGCCGGUACGCUGUUUAUCAACAGCCGCCAUCACCCCGGUUGCAGGACAAAUGUGCCAAUAACGGUAUUAUUAACGGCAUGCCCAGGCCGUCGCCGUGCAAUCUGUGCCGCAAGAAGGCGGUUAACCACCCAUCCAUUUACUGUUCGGACUGCGACUUUUACAUGUCAAGGUUCAAACCUAAGGCUCAAUCAACUACGUGCUAACAUGAUAUAAUAUUAUGAUAUAGGUACUGUUUGCGGUUAUUUUAUACGCAGCACGUGAUCUCUUAAAUUUUGUAUCUGUGAUAUACAACAGUAAAUUAGUAAUUGUUUUAUUAUAGGUACAUUAUUCAGUUUCUAAUGUUAUAUCGUAUUAGUAUAGUUGACAAAUUACUAUUAUAUGAAUUUUAUCAUUGUAUACAAGGUAUAUAUUAUACUUUUUUUUUAUUUAUAAUUAUUUGUUUGUACCAUGCAUUUUAUGAUUGAUUGAAAAUUGUUUUUGAAUUUUUUUUUUUCCAUUUAUAAGAUAUAUUAUAUUAUCGUUAUUACUUAUUUUAUGUUGAAUGAUCUCAUUACCAUAUUGUAAAAUACAUUUUAAUUAUUAAAUGUGUGUAAUAUCGUAAGGAUGACAUUUUAGAUGUAGAAGCAUAAUAUUGUAAGUUUUGCCAUGUUCGAUUUAUAAAAUAUAUUAAUAUUAAUAUAAGCCCACCUCUUUCAUUAAUGUAUUAAUAGUUUAAGAUCAUUUUUUAAUUUAAAUUAUAAUGUAUUUGAAACAAUAAAACAUGUAUUUUAAUAAAUAAUA